CACAACUAUGGCAAAACCUACAAGAAGCAAAACAGCGUGGGACAAAUGUCCCUCUAUUCACUCUAGCCCACUUCACUUCACCAGUAAGUGCAGGGGAGAUCAUUAGUAAUGGGGGCUUCGUUGGAGGAAUGAAGAAAAUCAACGAAGACGAACACGGAAGUGCUAUCGGAGCACAGUUGUUGUGGUGGAGUCCAAAGUUUCCGGUGGACGUUAAAAACCAAGUGAGUCAUACUCUCCGUGCAGCCAUAGAACCUUUUUUUGGAUAUUUGGAUAAUAUAGACGUCUUACAGAAUCAAUUCGCUUCAUCUAACGCUUUCACGCCAAAUCCACUGCGGUACGGAAGUUUGUCUUUCCGGUAUAGUAUUGACACGUUGUGUCAAUGUUAUGAAAACUACCUUGAGAUUAACGAGGAAAACGGCAAAAUCCAGUUCAAAAUAUUAGGAACAUACCUUUACAAGCAAGAGAUCAUGCACGCUGUUCUUGUUUGUAGCGAUUCAGAUGAGCAAUUUGAGGAUUACCCUGAUGUACCUGUACCAUUUGAUGGCAACAACGAGGCGGUAGUAACGCNUGACGAUGAUGGCAACUGGGUUUGGAGGCCUCAAGCAACCGCUACAGAGAUUGUACGUCUUCGAGCUCAUUGGCAACCCUUUCCCAGAUACCGUAGGUGGGAAAAUGUAGCUUUUGCAUUUCAUACACCCAAAGGGGUCUUCAAUCUUCCUAACUUAAGAGAAGAGCUUUACGAACUGUAACGAAACUCGUGUAGCCGUUUUAGUAUGAAGAGUAUGCUUAUGAUUUAAUUUAGUUGUAGUUGGGUGUGAUUCAUGCUCUCCUCAGAAAUACGACGAUCUCAGUUCAGUUAUUUCCUUGUAUUUGCUGAGCCCAAAGACUCUUACGAAAGAUUGUAUCUUCUUUCCAGUCGCAUGGGUUUCGGUUCAGCGUGGUUUACGACCUCUCACUAUUGUUCUCCCGGAAGUGGAAUUUCAGUUUCCUGAAUGCCGAUUUUCUCCUAAAAUAAGGCGAAUUGGACAAAAAAAAUUGCAAAUUCGUUUUCUUUGCCACUUUCACAUUAUAAGAAAAACAAGUAUUUUUGGGUUUACAGGCCCUGUAAGCUCGAAGCGUGGCAUUUCCCAAGAGUUUUCCGGCACUUCUCAGACUGUGGACAAGAGCAACAAGGAUUGUUAGAGAGGUUUUCUUUCGUCAUUAACAGAGACUUACGUGUAUAAUUAUAUUCUCUAAGUGAUUUAACCGAGAUAUUUCGAGCAGUAUUAGUGUCUGGUAGGGAAGCAGAAACAAAUGAAUUCAUUUGCUUGAGUAUUUGGAACUAGGUUUCAGUUUUAGUUUUUGCCAAUUCAUUCAAGUUUUUAUCUAAGAAGCUUCUUAACUAGAUCGGACCAAACGCUUUUAAUGUUUAUUUCAUACGUAUAUACGUAACAUCAUUUCAUCGUUGCACUGUGUUUAAUACUAACUGGCAUUCUUUUCUCAUAGCUAUGGUUCAAAGACGAUGAUUGCGAAUUAAUUACUAAUUGAUCAUGAAAUAAACUUUGCAUGCUGCGA